GCCGCGACGCCUUCAGCGACAAGCACCUGCACGGCUCGAACCGCGUGGCUCAGAUAGCGCAGCGGUUCGGGGCGAGGGAGCACGGCAGGCCGCCGCCGCCACCGCCGCCGGCCCAGGGUUCGGGCGCCGCCGCCGAGACGUGCCACUUCUGCUGCCAACGCGUCUACUUGGUGGAGCGGAUGGUGGCCAACGGGAAGGUGUUCCACCCGCCCUGCUUCCGCUGCGAGUACUGCAACGUCACCCUGAAGCCUCUAAACUACGCACACGACAGCGACACGGGACGGUUCUUCUGCAUGCCGCACUUUGGCCUGCACUCCCUGGUGAAGUACAAGUAUCAGAGGAACGAGGUGCCGACGGUCCUUCCAGAGCCUGCUCCCAUCGCUGAGGUGCCGCGCGCGCUGACCUCUCGCCGCGGCGUCACCCCGGAGCGCGCCGAGUUCGAGAACAGCGUGGACCUGCUCUCUGAGGACGAGCCUCUCUCGGAGAUGGACGAGGACGAGUGA